GCUGCCGUCGGCACGCUGCCGCCCGCCGUCCGCCCGGCCCCUGCAGUGGGUUACUGCGGCGCUCGGCGUCGGCCGUGUCCCCGCCGCCGGCAGCGGCGGCGCGUGCGUGGCCCGCGCGGCAGUCCGCCGCCAGUGAGCGCGCCGCGCUGCUCGGAGGUGGUGUUCGGUCCCGGUGUGUACCGCAGGAGACCAGUGUGGUCGUGUGCGGCCCUGUGCGCGCAGACAGGCGGCAGUGGAGCUCACAGCUGAGGUGGAGGAGGCUCCGACGCGGUGAGGGCCGGCCGGGAGCCGCCCGCGGCCGCCCUUAGUCACCAUGCUCUCCCAGAUGUUCUCCCGACUGGUGAUCCUCGUCUUCGGCACGCUCUACCCCGCCUUCGCCUCGUACAAGGCCGUCAGGACCAAGAACAUCAAGGAGUACGUCAAAUGGAUGAUGUACUGGAUCGUGUUCGCCUUCUUCACGUGCCUGGAGACGGUGACAGACUUGUUCCUGGUGUGGUUUCCCUUCUACUAUGAAAUCAAGAUCCUGCUGGUCAUAUGGCUGCUCUCGCCGGUCACACGGGGGUCCUCGAUUCUCUACAAGAAGUUUGUGCAUCCCUGGCUGGAGCGGAAUGAGAAUGAGAUCGACCAGUACAUCGAGCGCGCCAGCAAGAAGAGCUACUCGACCGUCAUGACGCUGGGUGUGCGGGGAGUCAACAUGGCCACCCAGGACCGGCCCGCAGCGCUCUCCCGCUCCGUUGGACGGAGCACCUGCACGGCACAGAUGAUCAUGCAGACGGCGAUCCGCGGCGGCGGCGGCAUCCUCGACCACCUGAGGCGCAGCUACAGCGUCAACGACGUGGCCGACCUGGCCGGCGGCCCGGACGCCGGCGACUUCAACUCUAACCGUGUGAAGCGGCUGCCGCAGAUCGUUGACGUGACGGAGGAGCUGGACUCUGACGCCGAGCCCGUCACCUUCCCGAUGGCCGGUCCGUCGGGCGGAGCUGCCGAGGCGGCCGCCGAACCCAAGCGCCGACCGCGCCGCGCCGCCACCAAGCCGGCGGUGCCGCGCGCGCGCGCCACGCGCAAACCGCGCUCGGCCGAGCGCGAGGAGAGUGACGAGGCGGACCGCCCGCCGCCGCCGGCGUGGGAGCAGGCGCAGUCGAUGGAGGACAUCAGCUCCGGGUACAACUCCGGCGAGCCGUUCUACGACGCCGUCACCCGGGAGGACGAUGACGCGGCGCUGGCCGGUCGGCGCUCCGGCGGCAGCCGCGCAGCGCGCGCCCGCCCGCCCCUGCACGGGCAGCGGGCCUCCACCCGAGUCAAGUCGUCAGCAACCACCGACGUCUCCGGGUACGCCACGCUGCCCCGGCGGCGCGCCUCCACGCGAAAACCCAUCCCCAAGUAUGACUGAGCCAGUGCGGGUAACGAGGGGCGGGGCUGGGUGGCCGGACGUGCAUUGGGUAAACAAAGGACGCCAGUCGGGUGGGGAAAGAUCAUGGUUAGUGAAAAUGAGUAAGAGGUGUGUUGAGGCCGGUGCUCCACUGGAUGAGUUUGGGGCUCGUGGACCUGCGGGCCAUCCACCAGUCACUGUGCUCUAGGGGACUUCCCUCGGGGACGCACCAGCCGGCUACCACAGGCCGGUGCACAGUAGCGAGUGCGGAUCGGCUGUCUUGGCGCCUGUCUGCACGGGAGUCGCGGCGGCCGCACAUUUACUCGAGAUUCCACGACGAUAUUCCGAACGGAGAGUGGUGUGGACGAUUUACGAGGGAUCUUUCGCCCCAGCGAGCUACCUUCGAUCUGCUUUUUACCGAAAAUUCGCCGCCCGAACUUCUGUUCCGUGGGAUUUUUUACCGAAACUAUGCACCGUUCUACGUUCUGCGUGUUGACCGUUUGGAGAGACUACUGUGAUCUCAUUUGGAACGUCGUCUGGGCUGUGCCGCCCGGCUGUCCCCCGUUCUCCGGUGAGAACGUGUGGCACAGACGGGCCGCACAGGGCCGCGUCGGGAGCAUGUCGCGUCGCCACGACCGACUCGGUUUGUCGUAGCUGAAACAUGCCGCGCGCCGCCGUUCAUUUUUUGCCACGCGUGACGGUUUGUGUGCAUGUUUUUUACGCAAACGAUAACGCUUACCCCGUGAAGUAUGUUUGCUCACCCCCACUUUUCCGUCCCGUCCUUUAGCCAAUAAAUUCCUGAUAUUUGCGACUAACGAGGCUUUGUGACCCGUGUGACCCGUGUGUGUGUGUGCUAGUGCUGGCUGGGACGUGUGUUAUUUUACCACCGGUCACGAGGAUACAAGACAUCCACUCGGGAUCGUACCCCCAGAGGGGCGCCGGCGGCGGCUGGGGGCGGCGAUACAGCGCCCGCCGGCCGCCGGCCGCCCACCACCGUGAUACCGUACAUGUCAACUAACAUAAUGUAUUUGUGAACAAUAAACCAUUAUCAUUUUGUGA